GGGCAGCCCCGGAGCGGAGCGGAACGCGGCGCCGAUGGAGGGAGGCAGCGCGGCGGGCGGGCCGGCGGCGGGGGAGGCGGCAGCGCUCCGCGAGGCCCUCCGCCUGCUGCGGAUCGAGCCGUCGGCUGUGGGCCCGAGCACGGCGCGGGCGGGCGGAGCGGCGCCGUGCUCGAGGAAUGUCCUGCGGAAGCGGAGGCGCUGGGAGCGGGUGCUGGCGGCGCGGAGGAGGCGGCGGCGGCAGGAGAGGGAGCGGAGCCGGGCGCGGCGGGCCGGGGGCCGAGGGGCUGCCCGCCGGCACAGCAAGGCCCUGGCGGAGGAGCGGCUUCUGGAGGCCCGGGCGUCGGGGCCCCGGCUCUGCGUGGACCUCGGCAUGGCCGACCGCAUGACGCUGAAGGAAACAAGCCGCCUUGCCUCUCAGAUCAGGAGACUCUACGGGGCCAACAGACAGGCCGAGAAGCCGUUUUGGCUCUAUCUGACGGAGUUUGUCGUGGGCUCGUUGAUCUAUGAGGAAUGCUUUCGUAUGAAUGACGGCUUCUCCAAUUACUUGAUGGAUACUACUCAAGAAAGUUACCUGGACCUGUUUCCUUUAGAUGCAAUUGUUUAUCUCACUCCUGACUCUGAGAAUGUCCUUGAAGAUAUUGAUCCAAAAAAAGUGUACAUCCUUGGAGGCCUGGUGGAUGAAAGUAUUCACAAGAAGCUGACUCUGCGAAGGGCACAAGAGCAGUCCUUGCAGACAGCCCGCCUCCCAAUUCGUGAGUACAUGGUAAAAGCUGUAAAUACCAAGAACUACCACUCAGAGACACUGGCAAUUAAUCAAGUCUUUGAUGUCUUGUCAACUUACUACAAGACCCGAAGUUGGCCAGAUGCCUUGAAAGCUGGAGUUUCUUCUGGAAAAGGCUAUGUGCUUCCAGAUGCAGAGAAGUAAGUGGAGAUACCUCAGCAUGACAACGCACAAGAAAACUCUUUUAUUUUCUGAUGUUAAGGAGUUCUGCAGGGAAGAGGAACAAACUUCAGAUUUCAAGCAGAGGCACCAGCAUGAACGUGUGUAGAAAAAACAGCUCUGCUUAAAUUUAUUUGCAUACAGACUUUGUCAAGGGUGACACAUUCUGCCUCAGCAGUACAAUGCUGGAAAUGACUUUUCAUCCUGAAAUGAAAAACAAAAGCCAGUUGAGCCUUGGCAUCAACAAAGAACUGACAGGAAUUCAGUUUAACAAGCAUCUGCAAACAAAAAUAGAGAAUCUGUGACUCUUAAGCCUGCAACUGUUCUAAGACAGGGAGGAGAGCUUAACAGUAUUUCUUUCACCUUGAUUAAAUAGGAAGAAUUGCAGAGCACAUUGUUGAAUAAAAGUCCUUCCUCCCAAGGAAAAGAACAGUGCUGUUCUAAUUGGGCAACACAGGAUGGGAAGAGAUUCUGCAAUGAACAAAGUUCGUAGGUACACCAUGUGCUAUUUUCUUCAUACCUCUUGUAUUGAAGACUUGGUGUGUUGCUGAAGCCUGUAGGUAAUUCUGUGCAUGCUGCUCACAUUCUAAAAUAAAAUGUUUAAAGUUCCAUUGCA